AUGGCGAACCGGCAAAUCGCGCGACGCAUCGUCGUCAGCGGCGCCCUCUCAAUAUGUCUGCUUUUUUUCCUCUUUAUUCGACCCCAAGGGCCUCCGAGUCCAGCCGUGCGCGCCCCGGGACACAUCGUUCAUCCCUCAACAAACGCUCCGGGAAUCGUGAUCCAGGAUGACCUGCUGAAAGGGGCAGUGGUUAUGCCCAGACUUGGGAAUGAAACGGUCAAAGCUGAAUUAGGCCGCGCAACAUGGAAGUAUUUCCACACGGUGAUGGCACGCUUCCCCGAAAAACCUACGACCGACGAACAAGAUGCGCUGCGCUCUUACAUAUAUCUCUUUGCACGGCUAUACCCAUGCGGCGAAUGCGCGGAGCACUUCCAACAGCAUUUGAACAAAUAUCCGCCCCAAGUAUCGUCACGAAAAGCGGCUGCCGGAUGGGCCUGCUUCAUCCACAACGAGGUCAAUGUGAUGCUCGACAAGCCCGAGUUCGACUGUAAUGACCUGGGCGCAUUCUAUGACUGCGGCUGCGCGGGAGACGAAGACGAAGCGGGUGCGGAAGAUGGAACCCACCCGGCUACGAGCCGCGCUGCUGGCAAGAGCGAUGAGCCGGACCCUCUUGAUCAUUUGGCUGUGGAGAUCUCAAAGGAAGCACACCGUCGUUAUGUCACUCUCAAGAUGUUCAUCAACUCUGCAUCAUUGGGGAAGCAACUGGAUGACGAACUCAACAUAUACAGACGCAUAGAAGGAGCCUCGCAAAACCAUCCAGGUCGUGAAUAUGUCAGGUCGUUGCUCGACUCGUUUGAUGUCGAUGGCCCUGAAGAGAAACAUCGAUGCCUUGUGCAUCCUCCCUUAUGGGAGAACAUCAAGGCCGACAAUCUUAUGUUUGGCAUCGACGAUGAUUCGGUUUUUAGUGAUUUUGAGGAGAAUGAGCUUCGGGAUCCUUCUCCAGGGAAAGAGCUAGACGGAAGGACCAUCUAUGUUUCCCGGGAGCUUAGAAUGCCUAAGAGGUUGGAUGCCCCGGUCCUAUGCGACUUUGGCUCGGCCGUAUUCGGUGACGAGAAGCACACGGAAGACGUUCAGCCUGAUAUCUACCGGGCACCAGAAGUAAUUCUGGAAGCUCCCUGGACAUACAGUGUUGAUAUAUGGAAUGUGGGAUGUAUGAUUUGGGACCUUUUCGAAGGCGGGUCCCUGUUCUCGGGCCGGGAUCCUGAAUUUCAGACCUACCGGAGUCGAGCGCAUCUCGCCGAAAUGAUAAGCCUUCUCGGCCCACCGCCGCCGAGUCUUCUUGCACAAGGGGAUUUAACCGGAAAGUUCUUUAAGGAAGGUAACUUCUGCGCUGGAAUCCCAGUACCAGAAUACACGCCACUCGAAGCGAGGGAAACGACUCUUGAGGGAGAGGAAAAGGAGAAGUUUCUUUGCCUCGUGCGAAAGAUGCUACAGUGGGAGCCGGGAAAACGGAGCUCUGCGAGGGAACUUGAAGAGGACGAUUGGGUGCAAACAGGACUACGUGGAUAG